GGCACACUCACUCUCAAGACAUUGGGACAUUGAGGACCAAACUCUACAGACAAUACAGCUGAACAUCAUGGAUCAACAGAUGGAUAUCUAUGUCAAUGAAGAGGGACCAUUUGGUUAUUCUGGCAAAAGGAAGAGUUUGGCAAAAAGUUCGGAAAAUAUUUAUGAAAGUCUGAAGCCAAACAGAACUAGACCUGCACUCUCAGUUGCUGAAGAUGUGAAGAAGAGUUCCUGCAGAGCUGCUGCAGUGUGUCUGGGUGUGUUGUGUCUUCUCCUUCUGACUGGACUCGUAACUCUGGUUUGCCUACUCAUCAAAGGCAACUCUGAAUGGGAAAUGAAGAUGGUCCUGUUACACAACAGUUUCACCAACCUGACUCAAGAAAGAGACCAGUUACAGACCAGUUACACCAACCUGACUAAAGGAAGAGACCAGUUACAGACCAGUUACAACAACCUGAAUCAAGAAAGAGACCAGUUCCAAAAAAGAGUUGAAGACAUAGCCAAAGAGAUAAUUGAUCUCCGUAAAAAGCUUCAAGAUCAGUAUAACAAACAAGGAUGGGUGUAUUUCAGCGGUAGUUUCUAUCACGUUUCUUCUACCAAGAAAUCCUGGCAAGAAAGCAGAGAUGACUGUGUGCAAAAAGGUGCAGACCUGGUGAUUAUCAACAGCAGAGAAGAACAGGAAUUCAUGAAACGGUUCCCAAAGCCCCGAUGGAUUGGACUGACUGAUAGAGAGACAGAGGGGAGAUGGAAAUGGGUGGAUGGGACUCUGCUGAGCCAAAGCUACUGGAUUCUUUCUGAACCAAAUGGGCAUAUGUUGAGAGACGAAGACUGUGCAGAAAUAUCCAACCAUUUAUUUAACAGCUGGAAUGAUGACCUGUGUAACUCUGAAAAAUUCUGGAUUUGUGAGAUGACAUCGCUUCUAUAAUUCAGCAUCCAAUCCUACAAGACAAUAAUAUAAAAACAGGUAGAUACUCUGCAUUUCUCAGCUAAAACUGCCAAGACAGCCUAACAUAAGCUAUGCAAGCUAUCAUAUAACCCUAACCCUAACUGUACAGGAAAAGUGUAACAUUAACAUACAUGGACAUAAAUGUCUGGCUUAGUUCACUGCUAUGAAUGUUGAAUUUGAUGACUGAUGAAUAGGGAUAAUACACUCAACUCACAAACCAAUACAAUUCCCGAUUUUAAGUUUACAAUAUCAUUUUCUCAGGAUUUAUUGAGCUGCAGAUAAAUGACUGAAAAAUAUUCCUGUAUUGAUAUAAUCUGUGCAAAACAACAGAUGUGUCCUCUUAUCAAAGCAACAAAAAUGUAAUAAAAAAUUAAUUAUUAGAUUUCUUUUUUGUGAUUAACAUUUUGUAACAACAUACACAAUAUACAAUUCGCAACAUGAACAUAUUCCCCCCCUCGUCAUCACCAACAAUCCAAAAAAAUCAAGAAAAGAUGACAUAGUAACUACAAUAUUGAAGACCAUACAACAGCAGCCCUCCAGAGAGCUCAGGUACUUUCCCCAUUUUCUAGGUUAGACAUCCAAUCUGGCAAACCGUUUCUAUGACAUUUUUUCAAACGCCUCC